AAUAAAAAUGUCAACUGACUAUUGUGCGCCUCCCCGUCCUCGUAGGCUAGCGAUGGCGUGGGCGCAAUACGCCCUCAGCUUCCACUCUUCACCUUCCGUUGUUCACCGUACUGGUAUCAUCGUUAACGGGAGAGCCCUAGCCCUAGCUUCUGCUUCGUCUCCUACUCCAUCUAAACUUACAAAGAGAAAGAAUUAUUUGCGCCCUAAGCUUUUGAAAACCCUAACGAAAUCCCAUCCUACACCUCUACUUCCCCAUGAAGCCCUAGAAAACCCUAGAAGUAUCACCGAAACCGUAGAAAACCUUCAGCAUCUAUGCGAAACCCUAGAAAUUGUACAUGAACAGGAGCUCGAGAUUUAUUCUGAUCGAAGUCUUGGAGAAGUUUUUGGUGAUAUUGUCGAAGAAGUAAAUGAGAAAAAUGACACACAGAAGGAGUUGGAUUCUGAGGGUCUUAAUGUUUCUCAAAUUGCCGAUAACGGAGUUUCUGGUGGUGUUGGUGUUAUUUCUUCGAGGUCGGUACUUGAACUUGCUUUCUAUGUCGUCGGCCUUUUCGUGUUGCAGACCAUAUGUGCUGUUUGGGUAUUGGGACCUACCAGUUUCGGCAGGGAGACUACGAAUGGGGAAGAAGAGGCCGAGGCGGCUCGAUUAGGGGUUUCGGAAUCUGAAGUGAGGAAUGGGAAGAGAAUGGAGGGUUAUUCAUUGAAUAGAAAUAAUGGAGUCCUUGAAAAUUUGUUUGGCUCUAAGCCCAGUAGCGUCAUUCAUAUAGAUAAAUCCCAAAUCUUAGAGAAAAUUGUUGAAAUUAGGGCUAUGGCAAAGGAAGCUAGAGAAAGUGAGGCAAGGGAGUUGAGGGCAAGUGGUUUGGCCUCGUCUUCGGAUGUAAUUGGUGAUGGUGCCGAUUCAGUUCCUGCUGAAACUGCUAGUUCUACAGUUAAAACCAACAUACAGAAAGAGGUAGAUGGGCGCAUAUUUAAGUUACAAAAGAGGCUCCAUUCUCUUCGGGAGAACUCUCCAUUGGCUUCAUUUAGUUAUUUGACUAGUUCGGAUAAGGUUAAAGAUAUGACUAACUCAGAGGCUUCUAAUGCCAACAAAAAGUCUGGGAAUUUUGUGUUUAAGAAAAAGCGCAGGUUUAGAAGCUCUCCAUCCAGCCCUGGAAAUAAUCCCCAGGGAUUUCAGGGUCCAAAAGAUAACAGUGUUCCUACUGGAAUUGGUAGAAAAGUUGCAACUAUAGAUCCAUUGAGUAAUGCUUUAGAUUUAUCAGGUGGAGAACAGAAGAUAGACAUAACAAAUGGUGCUUCUCAAGAAAGUACUUCCAUGAACAUAGAGAAAAUGCAUUAUAAUGCUUUAGGAGAAACUAUUCACGAGGUGAAGGAAAACAAAGAAGCAAGAAGAGAGCCAUUUAACAACGAGUCAAGUUCCAUGCAAUCUGUUAGGAAGAAAUUGGAGAAUUCAAGAAGGGAGAUGGCAAUGGGCAUUGAGAAUUCUAAAACCAUGAAAGGUGACAUUCAAGAGAUUAAUUGUAAAAGAUCAGUUGAGUCAGCACAGCUAAGUGAAUCAGCUAGGCCAAAGAGACAAAUUUCUCGAAGCUUUACAAAAGAGAACAAGGACACUUCCACAAUAACAUAUACGAAGGUCCCAUUGAAUAGUAGUGGCAGUUCAAGAAUGCUUCUACAAAAUGGAGAAAUCGAACAAAAACGAAUCGUCAAAAAUAGGCCAUCAGAUAUUGAGAAUGACUUGUGGUCGCUGAACCUCCCUUAUGUACUAGCUAUUCUUUUGCACAGAGGUUCUGACCGUGAAGGGCGAAACGGACUUUAUUCCUUAAAGAUCAAUUCUCAACUAGAGGAGGAAAGUAGUUCUUAUACUGUUGUUUUUGAGGGUAGAAGUGAUGCCAGAAACUUCUGUUAUCUAUUGGAAACAUUUUUUGAAGAUCUGGGGGAUUUCAGUGCUAAUGUUGUUCCAUUGUCAAUAAAAGAACUCAAGGAGGCAGUAGAAUCAAGAACAAUGAAAGUAAUUUUUGUGAGGAAAGGGCAGCUUCAGCUCUAUGCUGGGCAACCACUAGCUGAUGUUGAGAUGGCUUUGCGCUCCAUUAUAGAGUGAUACUCAAAUGCCAAAUGCACCUGAAGGGGGAAGAAGAUCAGGUAAGAAUACAUAUGAAAACAAAGUUUCCCCUUCAUGUUUGGUGGGUCUGAAUGAAAGUAGACUUGGACACAUUUUUCGUGGUUCAAGACAUGCUUGCUCCAUUGAUGCAGUUGUUCUGGUGAGAAUAGUUUUUGCUGCAUUGGUAAAUGAUAAGACAUCCCCAAGCACUUACCUGAUUUCAGAUGGAUCCUUCUACAAAGUCUGAAGUUCCAUGAACUUUAAACCAUCGGAAGUAUUGCGCAGAUCUGGAGGUUGAAAAUUUCUCUCAAAGGUAUACCUUGAUGUCUGAAUGGGUGAGCCUGGAUAUGCUUGCUUCUCAGAUAACUGUUAAACGUACAUGAACUUCACUUUGUAUUUCUAUACUCUAUACUAGCAUUCUUUUUACCUUGAAGUUGCAAGUCUCACUAUUGCUGAUACCAAAUACUGUCAAAUUUGCCUUCCAAUUGAUGGAAAAAUCAGGUCAAUGAAAGAAGCUUGAUCUUCUCAUGUA